GCGUCCGAUCGCUCCGGCCGACCGCGACUUCGGCUGACGACCCAGUGCACAACAACUCCAUCAAUGAUGGCGGCCAAACACCACCGAAGGCACAGUGAAGACGAGAGGCCCCCGAAAACCAGGAAGCACACGAGUAUCCCGAAGGAGAAUGGCCCGGCGAAGAGCCCCAAGCCGCCUGCGGAGGAUAAGCCGCCUUCCUUCGUGGUGGUGGUAGUGUGUGCUGUGUGCAUUGGUGUGGUUCAUAGUAUCCAUGUGUCUACUAUGUUUGAAAAUGACAGGCAUUUUUCUCAUCUUUCAAACUUGGAGCGGGAGAUGACCUUCCGCACUGAGAUGGGCCUCUAUUACUCGUAUUACAAGACGUUGGUCAAUUCUGAAUCUUUUUUGAUGGGAUUGAAUCGCUUGAUGCAUGAUAAUUUGACGGAAUACCCAGACAUCAUCAAUACACUACAAAGAUUCAAUUUGUACCCAGAGGUUGUACUGGGUGGCACAUAUCGUGUUUUUAAUGCCAUAACAUCGUGGCUGGGCCUAGAGAUGAGAGUGUGCUGGCAGGUAAGCCGAGGUGGCGGCUUAGCUCCUGUGGUGAGCUGUGAAGGAUUAGGUGAUCCAGCGUAUUGGUAUUUGGCAGGAGUGUGGAUCAGUGCAGGUUUGACUGCUGCUUUGUUGUUUAUUCAAGGUACAGACUUAUGUGGAAAUCUUAUCGGGGGAUUCUUGACGGUGUUGUGCUUCUUUUUUAAUCACGGUGAAGCAACAAGAGUCCAGUGGACGCCGCCUCUGAGAGAGAGUUUUGCUUUCCCAUGGAGCAUUGCCCUCAACAUUGCAGUAACUCGAGUAUUAAGAACUCCUCGGCCUGUAUGGACACGGCCAUUACUAGUUGGUACCUUAACCUUGGUAUACCUUUUAUGUUGGCAAUUUGCACAGUUCACCAUAGUUGCAGUCGUUGGAGUGGUGUAUAUAAUGUAUACAAUUGGUGUGAUUACACCACUGCCAAUGUUGCUGGUAUUAUUGGGUACCUCUUAUGGCUUCCUGAAUAAUAUAGUUCUUCAGUUUGGAAAUACUCUCUUAGUGUCAUCACCACUUGCUGGAUGUCUUCUAGGAGUAUUACUGCUAUAUCUUUUCAUGGAGCCAAUCAUUCAGCAUCUUCCAUUCCCUACAAAUAUGGGGGUUCAACUGAGCUUCCUCUUUGUUUCGUGUACAGCGUGCAAGAUUGAACUAUCAAGGAUUUUUGGUGUGGAAGAUGAUGCUCAUAUUGUAAAUAUUUUGAAAUCAAAGUUCACAAAUUACUCAGAUUUCCAUACGCUAUUAUAUACCUGCUCUCCAGAGUUUGACUUCCUUCCACAGGAAUCAUUGUACAAGUUGAAUGAAACCCUCCUUUUCCCAUGUGUGACAAUGGUAGGGGGAGCUGUUUUAAUCAACAUCCUUACAAUAGUGAAAAACAAUCUCAUUGCACGAAUGGAUAAAAAUAAUGAAGUAAGACCACCUUUAUGGUCUGGAGUAGAUCCUGGGGUAAUAUUUACUGGUGCCAUGCUUAUUGUGUAUGCCAUUAUGGCCAGUCUUGUCAUGCGAUUAAAGCUUUUCCUGACACCUCAGAUGUGCGUUGUGGUUUCAUUAUUAGCGUGCAAAAAAUACUGGAGAGUCAUUGAAAGAAAAGAAAUUCAUUUAGCAAUCUUGGCAGUACUAGUGAGUGGAAUGUGCGUGCGUGGCUUUAGAAACAUAUCAGAACAAAGAUCAAUCGUUGGUGAAUAUAGCAAUCCUGAAUUAGAGGAGUUGAUUGAAUGGAUCCAAUCAGAAACCCACGAGGAUGCUGUAUUUGCUGGUCCCAUGUCUACCAUGGCCAAUGUACUCUUAUCAACUCAAAGACCCAUUGUGAAUCAUCCUCACUAUGAGCAUGCAGGAUUAAGAGAACGGACUAAAAAAGUGUAUAGUGUGUUUAGUCGUAGGUCAGCAGAGAAUGUGUACGAAACAUUACUUUCUAUGAAAGUGAACUACGUCGUGUUGGAAGAGCCUUGGUGCAUACGGAGAAGUCGACCUGGGUGUGGGAUGGUGGACUUGUGGGAUAUAGAAGAACCGCAGAAUAAACAUAAACCCUAUUUGUGCCCUAAACUAUUUCAUAGAAGCCCAGCACCAUUCCAUAGAGUAUUUUCUAAUGAUAUUUUUGUGGUUCUUCAAGUUCCUUCACGGUGAAAUCUGGUUGUGGUUGACGUUCCUGGCUUAUAAGUUACUGCUUUUAGUGGCUGCCAGUGCAGAACCCUCCAUAGAUUUUGUAAGGAAAGAGAAUAGGAAAAGCUGGGUAUCUUGGUAUGUACUUUGCUCUUUGAAGUUCGUUGUCUUUCCAGCUACAUAAAACACUAAAAUCACAUAGGUUUUAUGCAACCUACGGGCAAAAUGUAGCUACUAUUUUUAGUUGGGUGGUGGUUGUUAAUUAUAUUAUGGUGCUCUGCACUGAAAUAUGCUUUUUAACAAAUUGUAGGAAAUAUAUAUUUCAGCUGAUAAGGCAACACAAAGUAUCCAAAAAUCCUCAAAAUGAGGUGCCAUCCCAUAAAGACUGAAACUUUAAAGGGUAACCACAGUGUACUUAUGGUACUUUGCAUUUUUAGGAUUGUUGCUCCCUAAGAAAUACGUCCAUUUUCUAAACACUUUGAGUUACAUUAGCUUUUAUUUUAAUUGAGAGCAUUAAAUCAUCUGUCAUCUUUAAAAAAAGUUGCUUACUAGUGCCAUUUGUUAAUGGGCCAUCAGUAUAAAAUUAUAAAAAGAGAUAUGAAGAAACAAGAUUUAUUUCGAAUAAGACAUUAUAUAUCGGAAAUUGAGUCCUAAACCGUUUAAAAUUUUUUGACAUAAAUUCCAAAGCGCAUUAGGCUGUGUAAAAAUUGGUGUUAUUUAAAAUUUUGGGGACCAAAGACAUAUGCUUGAGAAUGUACAAAGGUUACAUCUGUUGGAAGGUCUUUAUGGCCAACAUAUCUUACUAGCAAUCUCCACCAUUCAAGCCAGUGCUAACUUACUGUUGCUCUGUCAAUGUUGUAAACCUUAUUUUGUACUUUAAGACUUAAUGCUGUAAAACGUCUUGAUAAGAAAGUUUUUACUGAUGAUAGAACAAUACUACAGUACAUAUAAACAUGUGACUUGUAAGCACACAAAGAAAUACUAGAAUGAAAACUGUCAACUACAUUGAGUUUAGCUACGUUUUAAAAAUCUUAUAUUUAAAUGUUAUUUUUUGGCAGAGUCAUUUGUAGAGUUUUUAUUAGUAGGGGAGAGUCAGUACACAUUACAUUAAGUUCUCAGAUGUUGCAAAAUGUCUCAAUUUAAUACAUUUGUUGUGAAGCAGUGCUGUCAAAUCCAUUUGGAUGUUAAUUCCAAUUUAAAGUUGUCUUUUCAAAUGCAAUUUUUUUUCACUGGAUUCUUUUUACCUGUAUAUUUUCAUAUACAAUAAUAUGCUCUAAUCUACACUUUACUAAAACUGAUGUGCUUACCCUUUAUCAAAUUUUACUUGAAAUACCACUUCAUUGGUUUCAUAAACCAAUACCCAACCCACAAACAUGCACUCAGGUUACCAGUAAAUGUGGUGGUGUCAGCUAACUUAGACACUGCUUAAAGCCUCUUCCUAAUAUAGACAUUGUUAUUUGAAGAUCCUGUGCCUUAGGUACAAGUAACAAAAAAUACUAAGUCCGAAAUCCCAUACGCUUUCAUAUUGAGUAGCCAGCACAAGUUGCAUGUGUGUAUGGUCACAAAUCACACAAGUGCCAAGCAAACAAAUAGAUCAAUAACUUUGGUUAAAAUGCUGCCACUACAAAUGAUAGCUUGCACACAAUGUUUUCAAUAUUAUGUAUAUUGUUGGUAUGCACCAAGAGUUCAGACAAUUUUCAGUGAAUGCAGUAAGGUAUUACAAUAUUACUGAAAGUAUACUCAAGGUAUUUAAAUUUUUUUUUAUUGAUGUUUCACUGAAGUAGUAGUUUGGUGCUCACUGGGUAUAACUGUAUCUCAGAUGGUUGGUAGUUUGGAUAUAACAUGUAACUGAACUCCACCUCUUAUAUUUUUUGCAAACAUUUAAGGUGACUCAUACGUUAGUAAAAAUUAUGUGGUGGUGUUUAGUUAACCUUAGGUUUCAAUUACACGAAAAAAAUACAUUAUACUACUCUUGAAGUAGCUUUUCCUGCACUUGUAUAUUGGACCUUAGGUUGAGCAAAAAUAUUACAGUGAGGAUUUUGACCUGGCAUUUCAAAGUCUAGGACACUGCACUGUUAAUAUUCAGGCCUGAAAUGUAAAAAAUAUUCAUGUGAAAAUUGUUUGCUGCAAGAUACAAGACUUUAGGGUGGUGUAUUUUUAUUUUUCGAAACCUUGUGCAUUUUACUAAUUGAAUUGUAAACGCAUUUUAAGCAGUAAGCUAAAUUUUUAUUUGUUCAUGAACAACCAAGACAUCAACCAUAAGAUGCACUAGUAUUGCCCCUGGAUAUUAUUUCAUGUUGAGUCCUUUUAGUAUUUUUUCCAUGUAUGCAUUCUUCCACUUAACAUGCACAAAAUAUUCAUGUCCAUAUUAGUAUUCUUUAUGGUAGUUCAAGAUUCUUUGGACAGUGGACCUGAUGCAAUAUUUUAAAUAAUAUUGACAUCUUGCAGAACCAUUUGAUAUUCUGUAUACUUAAUUCAAGGAUUCAAGCAAAACAACAUUGGUUUUUCAUUAAUUUGGAAAACUAUUACUUAGGGAAUUAUCCAAUCUGGAUGAAGAAAUCAUCAUUAUACAUAACCCAUCUGGAUGAAGAGAACAUUGUUAUACAUAACCAAAUUUUGACUGCUAAUGAAUGUAUAAAGCUAUUUUAUUAGAUAGUUUAAUCAAACCAUUUAGUCAAAGGUAAUUAACUUGCAGCCUGGCCUAAUCAGUGUUAAGUGAUUAUCACUAUUUAACGCAUUCAGAGAGUAUUAUUGCCAAGGCAUUACAAGGUGCCUGCCAGACCCUGAUCUGCCCCUUUCUUUGAAUACGUAUUGUGAUUGAUUGAUAAAAAUUCGAAUGAUGCCAAACAUGUCACAUAUCACAUAUCAAGUCUGUUGCUUAUAGUCAAAAUGAUUUAGCCAUGGUUAAAAUUGUAUUCAGAACUUAUAGAAUAUGGAAUGAUGAACUCAUAUUUUGCCAAAGUUCUUAUUCAAGUUUCUCCAAUAUCCCUUCCACCUUCCUAACGUUUGGCUGAAAGACAUACUGACCUGACAGUUAGAUGGAUGGUCUUCCUUUGAAAUCUGAUCACCGGUAUUGGAAGAGUUUCGUUGAUAAGGUAAGGGUGACAGACAAGUGGAUAUGGACAAACGGAUAGAUGUAUGGUCUCGUCUAAUGUACUAAACUUGACUGAAAUCCCUUUAGCCAUGUAGUAGGAGUUGCAGUGCUAAAUACUUAUAGUAGACAGUCAAAUUAAAAAGCUGAAAUUUAGUAAAGGACUAAUAAUAGUAGAACAUAUUCCCAUAUAUCUUAAUAAAUUCACACAGAGGGCUGCAAGAUCUUUAUUUAAGAACAAGAUUGAAGUAGAUAUACAGGUUUACUAAGUAUGUACAGCUCUGUAAUGUAUGAGGUCGUGCAGUAAGGGUGGCAUGAUGAAGGAAAUGUAGGAAUUGUGAAUUGCACAAAGUUGGGAAAGCUGUACAAACGUUUGACACAAGGAAAAAUAAAGUUUAGAGGAUUAUAAAGACGCAGUUUUUUUCUUCAAAACUGAAAUAUUUUUAAACUUGUACAUAUUUCUUGAAGUGAAUUUACGGCGAGUACAUAUGGUGUGAGAUUAUUUCUUGGCUAAACAUGAAUUAUGUUUGCAGUGUAGUUUUGUACUGUAUUGAUUUUAUUUAGAUGAGUGUAAUACCUAAAUUUUUUCCUGAUAAUCUUUGCACACUGGACAUAUGACUUGUAUUGAAAAAGAUAUUAACCAAUUUUGCAUUGGUUAUAUGUGUAUAAUUUUGAAGGUAUGUUGAUAUUGUGAUUUUGACCAAGCAAGAGUAGAUCUGUGUCUGACACGUAAGAAUAAAAAAAAAAAAUUGUCAAUCUAAGGUUGAUAAACUACAUGUGAUGCUAACAUUAGGUUCAUGAUUGAAAUACAAGAUAAUGCAAAUAUCCAUAGGUAUUCACUAUAGCAUAAGACGAAUAUUUUUUGAAGAUGAAGUUCCAGAAAUAAAGCCUUUGAUUUGUGUGCCCAUACCAAGUUAUGACGUUUGAAAUUCCAGUGAACAGACAUUUGCCUUUUUUUUCUUGAAGUUAUACUUUUGUUCUUUCUUUUCUUGAAGCCAUUAUGUUUUAAAUGUUGUCGUUUGAAAACACCAAGAACAGAGCACAGUAAAUAUGUUAUUUACCGUAUGUCUAAAGUGCAAUUCAUUCACAAAAGAUAUUUCUGUCAUAUUAUUAUUUUCUUAUGGUUAUGAUUUUCUGUUAAUAAAAAGUGUUCCUCAAA